AUGGCGAGGAUUGCGGAGGUGAUGUUGCUGCUCAUGUUCUUGAUGCUGAUCUUCAGCGUCCACCUCGCUUCGGCUGCGAGGCUGUUGGAGGGUGAAGGAUGGAGGGAGGGCGGGAUCGGGACGGGAGGAGAUUCUCAUUCAUGCUACAAGAUGGAAUUUGUCUCAAAGGUGGAGUCUGUUAUAUUAUGCUCCAAAUUCAAAUAUAAAGAGGAAGGUUAA